AUGAGUGAAGGAAGCAAACUUACUCCGAACGAUAUAGUUGUUCUCGAGUUGUGCAAGAUCCUCGACAAAACCGGUGAUUUUCUCAGACAAACAAACGCCAGAAACGAGAUAUUGAUGAGUUUGUUCGAACCAAGCGACGAUUUCAAAAAAGAAUGCUCGGAAAUGAAAGAAAAAUACAUGGAUGAGGCAAAGAAAUUUGAAGAAUUGCUUGCAAGGAUGAAUGCUGCUCCAGAAGUAGACCGCAGUCAUGCUUCAGCGUCUGUUGCUCCCCAACUUGCAAUUGCCAUGGACCAGGAGCCAGUUCAGGAUGAAAUCGAAAUUCCUGUUCACAAGGGUGAAGAAGAGGUGUCAAAGAAGGAAGGAACUUCUGAGAAAGACAGAAAUGAACCGUUGGUUUAA